AUGAAGAUGAUGAAGAAGAAGGAACAGCAGAAGAGGGAACAAAAGAAGAAAAAAAGGCAGAAGAAACACCAAGAAGAAAGAGAAACAGCAGAAGAAAGAAAAAAAAAAGAAAAGGGUAAGAAACGAGGAGAAAAAGACGAAAAAGAAAAAAAAGACAAAAAAGAAAAAGACGAAAAAAACAGGAAAAAAAGAAGAAAAUGA